CCUGCAGAUUAGUCUUCAAAUAUCGAAAAGGAGGACAUGAAGGAGGACACUUUUUGAGGGAGGACAGAACUUACAAAAGGAGGACUGUUCUCCCUAAAGGAGGACGGUUGGUCACCUUAUUAAUAUUCAGUCUGAGUUGAGCUUUUGGUUGAAGGAGAGGUGCCUAGGAGGUUAAGGCCCUGUGGAUUUUAGCUCUCCUUCUCUCUUUAAAAAGAAUUUACUUGACUACUUGUUCAUGAAAGCCUUACUUCCUUUCCCCAUGUUUCUGUUACUUCUCCUCUUCAUUGAAAGUACAUAUGUUGGGUUCUAUGAUAAAACACGUAAUCCAAAUCAGGUUGUAAAUUUAAGAAAAGAUUUUUUUCAAAAUACAAGAGAAGUCAGUCAGGGCAGGAGAGAAAUAACCGGCAAGACAAAAGAGAAAGUUAGGAGAGGCUACGUUAAAUUGUACAGAAAAAUUGGCUUCUCUUGCCUUUGGGUUCUGUAGGAGCUGAUGGCUGGGAGCAAGAGAGGAAGUAGGGAGAGCCAGCUUUCAUGGACAGAAAUGGAGGGGCUAAUCCUCUUUCCCCCCCCCCUUUGCAGAUGCCUGAACGUGGAAGCAGCCGUUGACAGGAUGUUUGCUAUGCACCCCCCCAAUGCUUCUCAAGCACCUGCCAUUCAUCUGGUGAACAGUUCCUCUUCAGAUCAUACAGAGCUGGUGAAAACGCCAUCAAGUGCUUCUUCUCCUGCUGCCCCCAUCUUCUCCAUGACCUUAGGGGCAGUCUCUAAUAUUGUGGCCUUGGUAAUCCUAGUGCAGUCCUACAUCCGCUUACGGCGUCGUUCCAAGGCCACGUUCCUGCUGUUUGCCAGCAGCUUGGUUAUCACAGACCUAGCAGGCCAUGUCAUUCCAGGCUCCUUUGUGUUGCAACUCUAUGCCACACGGCGCGGUUGGACAGCCAUGGAUCCCACCAGAGCUCUCUGCCAGUUCUUUGGUGCUUCCAUGGUAUUUUUUGGACUAUGCCCUCUCUUUCUGGGCCUCAUGAUGGCAGUGGAGCGCUGCAUUGGCAUCACUCGCCCUUUGCUUCAUGCCACAGUGGUCACGCCAGGCCGAACGAAGCUUUCCUUGGUAGGACUGUGGGCCACUGCUCUUGCCAUUGCCCUGAUGCCUCUCUGCAGUUUUGGAAAAUAUGUUGUCCAGGCCCAAAACACUUGGUGUUUUAUCAAGGUGCGAGAGGCAGAAGAAUGGUCUGAGAUAGCUUUUGCCCUGCUCUUCUCCCUUUUGGGUUUGGUCUCCCUGGUGGCUUCUCUCAUCUGCAACACAUUCAGCGGGUUCAUCCUGGUGCGAGCUCGUCUCCGUGGUCAGCGCAAAUGCGGUCGGCGGAAAGCCAAAGCUCAUGACAUUGAAAUGGUCGUACAGCUUGUGGGCAUCAUGGUGGUCUCCUGUAUCUGUUGGAGUCCGUUAUUGGUCAUUGUCAUCUUAUCAGUGAGCAACUCUCAUAAAGCUUUGAAUUAUGAUCAGCUGCUAUUCCUUGGUGUGCGGCUGGCCUCCUGGAACCAGAUCCUGGACCCGUGGGUAUAUAUAUUGCUGCGACGUGCAGUGCUGCGUAAGCUUCUGGCGCUACUUCUAAGGCGCCCUGACCUCAAAACAACACACUUUGACCGCUGGGAGGCCAGCUCCUUCCAGAGCUCCGAGCGCAGUGUUGCUGCUGGUCGCAUCUAGUAUUGGGUGGAGAAAGCAAGAGUUGAUCUACUUGAAAGCACUUUGAACCUUCCUGGAAUUCAGAAUCCAGCAAACUGGGCGGCUGCUGGUGGUAUAGGCAAUACUACCGAUAAAUUGGCAGUUUCAAAUCUUGGCAGCAGAUACGAAGUUCAGUAUUUUGAAGCAGCCUCCUGCCUGUUUCUGACUUUCUUAUGAGAGGGGGAGAGACAGAGACAGAGAUAUGAUCUUCUUGCGUGAAGGAGAGUAAAUAUAUCAUACUGCAAAUGAAAAGUCAUGAUGCCCAUGAAUUCAUUUUGAUAUGGUGGCUUCUAUUGGACAUCUGUGGAGGAGACCUUUGCUCAGAGGUAAAGAAUACAUUAUACAUUCCUAAUACUUUCAGUAAAACAGAACUGAGGAAAAACUCUCUCUGCUCUCAAACAGUCAUCAGUAUCAAAAGGAGACAGUUCUUGACCAGGUAAACGGAAAGCAGGCCAGUAUGUUUUGAUAGGAAAAUGAUGAUUUAGUGCAUUUUGAAAGCCAUAUGUCCUUCCUGAUACGGACUGCACUGUGCACAAUGAACAGCCUGGUAAUUAUUCAGGCUAUAUUCCAAAGCUGAAGAAUGUUACCUUUCUUGUAUAGCGCAAGAGCAAGAGUGUGAAUCUUGCUCUUGUGAAUCAUCAGGCGAGAAGACAUCCCAGGUAGCCUCCUUCCUUGGACAUUCAGCUCAGGUAGACCAUCAUCCUGCUGCACUUUCCGAGCCAGAGAGUAGCCAUUCAAGUCCAACCCUGUCAGGGCAGCUAUUUUAACGUGCUGCCAGAAAUGAUCUGGGUACUUGGAGCCUAUGAUGCAGAUUUUCCACAAUGUUGAGGCUGCUGCGUGUGUAAAGGAAUUUGUGUCUAAAAUUUGCCGUGCUUCCACACAAGGAAUCUGAUGCAAUGUAUCGUUUCACCAUUGCAUAUAGAUUGCACAAAGGCACGUGCUUAUGGUUCAGGGCGGCCUUUAAUUUAAACAUGAAUGUAGAAAUUCUAGAGAACUCUUUCAUGGGCCUCGUGGAGAGAUUUAAAAAAGGCUGAAAAAUGUGAUGUCACGUGGCCUGCCAAAUUCAGAAAGCACCUUUCAGAAGAGUAAGUAGAUUCACAGCAUUGUUUUCUCACAGAAGACAUCUGCAACAAUUCUGUCCUAGAAUGGAUUUCAACAAAUUGUUGCUGAUGAUUCUACAAAAUAAUAUCCUUUGGGAACCGGUGAGACUGACCCACAGACUGCAAGAGGAUGCCUCUGUCUGCUGCUCUACUCUUAAGCUCUGGGAAGCUGGGAAGAACAGAGCAAAGGACAAUGGGAAAGUCCUGAAAUGAUUGAUCGGUAGGGGCUGGCUGUGGCAUAGCCGUACCCUGUGGGAAUUCUUAAUCAGCACCAGGCACUCUACGAUAAAGCACUUCAGUGGGGUAUUCUGGCCCUUCAUGCUUUAUUUUCUUCAAGUCCCUGACAUGCUUCCCACAUGCUUGUCGUCAGCAGCCUGUGCCAGCCCAACUAAUCUAGUCAGCCUCAGGGUCCCAUUUAUUGUUCCAUGUGUUUUGUUUUCAUUCAGUGACUGCUUAUUGUCAUCUGGCAGCUGGAGCAUGUAAAAUCGAGCUUGCAGAAUCCUGGUUGAAAGCUGGCAAACAAGUGGGAUCAAACAGCAGAAGGAAAAUUAUGACUGUUGUGGGAAUUAGUUGGGGAAAAAGAGGUGAAGUUGGGAGAUCUGUUGCUCCAGGUUCAAAUAUUCUGCCCCAGUCUACACACCUGGUAUUGCCCUGCCAACCCUAUCCUUCAAUAUGUUUGUAAACACACAGCUGUUUUGCUAUGUUCCUCUAAUAUCUAGUGGGCUGCACCCACGUGACCCAGCUGCAGCUGAAAUGGGUCUCUGCUGUUCAUUGGCCUUUUAAUAAAUUAUUUAUUUGUGUGCAACAUUCUAAAGGGCAUGUUUGGUGGUGCCUUGGCUGAAAUUCCAUUGCUACACACAACACUUCGAUUACUCCAUGCACUAUUUUUGCUUUUCUGUUGUACUGCCCACUGAUUGAAUUUUUAAAAAUUUCCUUGAAACUGUAGGUUUACUGUUUAACUAUUGACAACUAGUGGCAGCAAAAAUUAAUGAUUCUGUAUUACUUGACUGCCAUUUAGUGCUUGUCUGAGUCUCUGUAGCUGCUAGAUAUGUUCUAGAGCAGUGGUGGCGAACCUACGGCACGCGUGCCAGAGGCGACACUCAGAGCCUUCUCUGUGGGCACGCGUGCCAUUGCCCCAGCCCUGCCAUCCCCUGCGGCCCCCUCCUCACCA